GUUAUAUAUAUGCUAAUAAAGUAGUAUCCACUAUCCAAGGUUAAAGACUAUUUCUUUAAAACAAAAUACAAUAAACUAUAAAUCGUUUACAGUAUUUAUAAGACUUACGCUGUCGUUUGACACGGAAUUGUAUUUAUUUCCGACCUACAAAAAAUCCGAGAAUGCAGCGUGAAGACAAACAACUGGAACUGGUGCUUGAAAAUUUCCAGAGCAAGUUGAAUGAGUUUAAAGCUCAAAUAUAUGCUCUUAUAUUCAAGCUAGAGCACGAACGAGACAAUGUCAAUUGGACGACAGUGCUUGAUACAUUCGCUGUAUUCUCAACACAAUAUACUGCCAUCAUGAAGUAUCUCUCCUACGAAAAGCUUCCACAGUUACGUAACUACAGUGUGUUGCCACUGAUGUUAAACCCUGAGCGCGAUGAGGAUCUUGCGCGAAUUACCGAGAAUCGAGUGCCAGCCCUGUCCCAUGACAUUGUACCCGAUUUUUUGCGUACUAAAACUGAACCUGAAGUUGAACACAAACUCAUGCAGGUUGAGCACAAGGCGGGUGGCUUACAAUUUGAAACAGCACAAAAACAGCUGGCGGCAUUCAACAAAGUAGUUAAUCAUGUAUUGGACUUAGUAUCUAAAGCCAGAGAAGAAUGGGAAGUAGAAACUGGAGCUCGUGUUGGCAUUGGUCAAACUUCAUCAGUUGCAGACUUACAUACACUUGUAUCGGCUGUAAGUAUGGGUAAAAAUUUGAAACCAAUGGUGCCACAAGUAUCCCCUGGUGGUAUGAUGGUGCCCCCGACUGGUAGACCAGUUACUCCUAGUAUGGGGCCAAAUACACCACCAAUGGGUAUGAUGCCCAAACCACCUCCUGGAAUGAAGACCAAUGUAAAGACUGCUGGAGCACCUCAUCCAUAUAGAUAAAAAAUUUCAUAAAUGUCAUCUUGUGCUUUUCUAUUUAAUGUUAUAUCAAACAUUUUUUUUUCAUAUCUAUGUUAAUAAUCGAUACGUUUUUAGUAUAUAUUAAAAAUUGUUAUAGAUUA